AUGACCGACUUUAAAUUGGGCAUCAUGAGCCUCGGCCGGGUGGCCGGGAAGACCAAAUACAUGCUGAUAGAUGAGCAGGACAUACCACUGGUGGAGGGCUACUCCUUUGAGGCUCAAAUGGAAGUAGAUGCUGAUGAAAAUGGUGCUAAGAUAUUUGCAUAUGCCUUCGACAAAAACCGAGGAAGGGGCUCAGACAGGCUUCUGCAUGAGCUGCUGUGGGAACGACACAGGGGGUGUGUGGCUCCCAGGUUUCAGGUGGUGCAUCUCAAUGCUGUGACUGUGGACAAUGGCCUGGACAGCCUGCAGCUGGUACCAUGGGGCUGGCUACCCAAAGCUGAGGAGACCUCCAGCAAACAAAGAGAGCAAAGCUUAUAUUGGCUUGCAAUCCAGCAGCUUCCCACGGACCCUAUAGAGGAACACUUCCCUGUCCUGAAUGUGACCCGAUACUAUAAUGCCAACGGGGAGGUGGUGGAAAAGGAAGAGAAUUCCUGUACCUGCUAUGAGUGUCACUACCCUCCUUGUACGGUGAUUGAGAAGCAGCUUCGAGAGUUCAACAUCUGUGGGCGUUGCCAGGUGGCCCGAUACUGUGGCUCUCAGUGCCAGCAGAAGGACUGGCCUGCCCACAAGAAGCACUGUCGGGAGAGGAAGCGUCCCUUCCAGCAUGAGCUUGAGCCAGAGCGACGACGGGCUGAAGAGCUGCCACUGUUGCAGGUUCAAAGCUUCCAGCUCGUCCUGAGCACAAAGGAAGACAGACUGGCAGUUGAACCUGGAGGUGCCAAAGAAGCCAGCAAUGGAUCCAGAGCAGCCGCCAUAGACCUCACAGCAACAAGCAACCUGUGCCCCUCCAGUGUUCACCUUCAGCAGAGACAACAGGGAGGCUCCCUAGGACCUUUCUCAUUAUUUAUAUGUUAA